AAACAACUUCAUGGGUUUAGCUCUUCUAUUUUCAGGAUGCUUAAUGUAAAAUUCAAUUUGGUUCUUUCUUUUUUCGCAUUAUUUUUGAUCGCAUCUACGCUAAAAUGCGCAUCAGCGAGCACUGGUGAUUCACACCCAUACUACAGGACAUGCUUGAAUAAUUGUAUCAACAUUGACUGUAAUCAAAAUCCAUCUCAAAAUGGCAUGCUACCUUGGUAUAUGAGAUUACUCUUUUGGGAUUGUGGUAGCAAUUGCCGCUACGAAUGCCAAAUUGAUACUGAACACUACUUUGCCAUGAAUGGAGUUCCCUCUCAGCAAUAUUUUGGUAAAUGGUACUUCAUUCGAGUUUGUGGCAUUCAGGAAUUCUUUAGCGUCUUAUUCUCUAUUUUCAACCUAAUCGUCCAUUACGAUGGUUAUCAACGUAUGCGUCGUUGCAUCCCUGCCUCUCAUCAUAGUAAAUCGUUGUGUUUGAAAUGGGCCUUGAUUGGCAUGAACGCAUGGAUAUGGAGCAGUGUUUUUCACAUUCGCGACACCCCCAUCACAGAAAAAUUGGACUAUUUUUCAGCCGGUGCUUUUGUUUUAUUUGGCUUAUAUAAUUCACUCGUUCUAAUGUUUAAAUUGGAUCUUAAGCAGGGAGGUAAACCCAUUACUUUCUUACUAGCAACUCUUUUUUCCCUUGCUUUUCUGUCACACAUCAGUUAUCUCUCCUUUUAUACAUUUGAUUACGAUUACAACAUGAAGGCGAACCUUUCAAUAGGCUUGCUUUCAAAUUUCGCUUGGUUCUAUUAUUCAUGGAAACAUAGAAAUAGUGGACUUCAUUGGACAAAAUGGCCUGCUUUGUCCGUGACCGCCUUGAUGCUUUCCGCUUCCUUGGAGCUUUUCGAUUUUAGCCCUAUUGCGAAUUUAAUUGAUGCUCAUUCCCUUUGGCACCUAGCUACAGUACCUAUCACUUACUACAUUUACAGUUUUGUAAUCAAAAGCUCGGUGUAUGACACAAUUGCCGGUUCUCCUAAAUUAAAAUCCAUGUAUGGCAGAGAUUGAAUCUUUCUUUUGUUUAUUCUUUCCCUCCUAAUUUAUAUUUCUUUGUCCUAUAUAUAUUUCCCAAAGUCAUCCUCAUUCAUAGAAUCAAUUAUCAAUAAUAAAUCAAGUUUUAUACGCA